UUGAAAAACAGUUGAUCCCAAAAUUACAAACUGUUCUUAAAGACUAUAAGUACAUUGUUUUAUCGACACAUUUUCAUACUAAUGAUGAGUUGGAACGGUAUUUAUUUCGGUCAACCCGUAAUACAAUUUAUUUGGCUAUUAUUUUUUAUGCAAACGCCACCACUUCAUCACCCAAUAAUAUAAGUUAUACGAUACGAGUGCCUUAUAGCUCAUUGCCCAACCAUUUGAAAACUAUUGGAAGUGUUGGUAAUUGUCAUAAUAUUUCUAAACUACUUGAGUGUCAACACAAUUACUUAGACAGCGAUUUCAGUUUUGCUCAAACAGUAGUGGACUCGGCUAUCAUUAAUUUAUUGCUAAACACGUCGGAUGCGGUCAUACCUAAAGCCAAUCUAUUAGUAUAUCCUCGACCCAAGUUUGUCGGCGGAUCAGUAAUGCAAAUGUUAAUACCGAGCUACCUGUGCAUGACGUUUAUGCCGUUAGUUUCUAUAUUAACGGUAAUGUUUGUGGUGGAAAAGCAGCGCAAGAUUAAAGAAGCCAUGUUUAUGAUGGGACUGACAAUGACUGUCUAUUGGGUCGGCUGGAUAACUGUCCAAUCGAUAAUUAUUUGUAUCCUCAGUGCCAUAAUAACGGCAAUACUAUAUAUUGCUGGCACCCUAACUAUCAAUCCUGUUAUCAUAUUUUUGCUGAUGUUCAUGUUUGGUACUACUCUUACCAUUAUGGCUGCCAUUUGGAGUCCACUUUUCAACAAAGAAGAGACUGCCGCUUCAUUUUCAUCGAUAUUCACACUACUCGCCGGAGGAGUAUACAUAUUGUUGAUCUAUAUUAAGGUUAGUCCAGUAGUACAGUAUCUGUUGGCACUGAUAUCUCCCGUUGCCUUUACACUGGGCGUCCAAGCGAUGCUACGUAUAGAUAGUUCAUCGGACAGUGUUUUCGGGAAUUUGUUUGAUGAUCCAGUGUUUUCUCUUGGCUCAGCCCUACUGAUGCUGUUAGUCGACAUAGUUUUAUAUACAUUUUUAGCCAUCUAUUUGGAUCAAGUAAUUCCAGGAGAGUUUGGACCAAAACAAUCGAUUUGUUUCUUUCUCAAGAAAUCAUUUUGGUUUCCAUCGACCACUGGACACACAAAGAAUCCAUCAAAUGAAGAGUUUACGGCCGAACACAAUUCGAAUGUCGAAGAAAUUUCGAAAGACUUAUUAGGAAAAUCUGUCAUAAAUAUCAAGAAUUUGACAAAAGUCUACGGAAAUGGCAAAAAAGCGGUCGCAGCUGUCAAUGAUCUAUCAUUUUCUGUAUACGAAUCGCAAAUAACUGGUCUGUUGGGUCAUAACGGAGCCGGAAAGUCGACUCUAAUCAAUAUGUUGGUGGGAAACAUACAGCCGACAUCGGGAACCGGUUAUAUCUAUGGUCACAAUAUAACAGAUUCGGUUGAUAUGUAUAAUUUGCGCAAAAUGUUUGGCGUUUGUCUACAACAGGACAUACUGUUUGAUGAUCUAACAGCUAUCGAGCACUUGGAGUUUUUUGCUCAAAUCAAAGGCAUAGACACAAGCAAAAUGAAUAGCGAAAUAAAGAAAUUACUAACCGAUCUGCAACUGUAUGAAAAUCGCGACAUUGCGUCCGUCAAUCUGAGCGGCGGUCAAAAGCGUAAACUUUGUGUCGCCAUUGCACUGAUUGCCGAUCCGAAGAUUAUAAUAUUGGACGAACCGUCCAGUGGUGUCGACCCGUACUCGCGGCGACAAAUUUGGUCUAUAUUGCAGUCAUAUAAGAAGAAUCGGGUUAUCAUUUUGAGCACACAUUUUAUGGAUGAAGCGGAUCUGUUGGCCGAUAGAAAAGCAAUUAUAGCAAAAGGAAAGUUAAGAUGUUGUGGUUCGUCGCUGUUUCUGAAGAAGCGAUUUGGUAUUGGCUAUCAUUUGACUGUCGACAUCAAAAAGGAUACACCUGUCGAUUCCGUAAACCAAUUGGUUGUAAAUAAAAACAUACCAAAAGCACAGCUAGAAAGACAAACUGAUUCCGAAAUGUUUUACUUAUUGCCACCAUCUGAGACACAAUUGUUCCCGAAAUUGUUCGAAUCGUUAGAACAGAAUAGCACACAACCGGAUGGUUUUGUCAAAAGUUUUGGUAUUUCGAUGUCCAGUCUGGAGGAAGUUUUUCUCAAGAUUGGUGAAGACUCGGAAUCCAAACCGAACACAACAGAUAAACAAAACAACAGUUCCAGUGGUGUAUCGACAGCAACAAAGCCGACAUCACUCGAGAUGAUUGAUGUAAAAGAUUUGAGUCCAAACUUUUUCCAGACAUUCAUUGCUUACCUUAAGAUUCGUGUCAUGAAAAUCAUCCGAAAUCCUGUAACCGCUGCUUCCACUAUCCUCUCACCAUUAUUUAUAAUAAUGAUCGGCUAUUUUGUUUCCCGUUAUUUUGCAUCGGACGAUGAGCUAAAACCACUACUACUGAAGCCCACAAUAUAUGGAUCAGAUAAACGACUCGCAGUGCUCAACAAUACGGGCCACAGUAUGGACAACACCACCUUUAUAUCUCUAAUCAAUCGAUUGGAUAUUACACCGAAAUUUGUGACCAAUUUUAGCCUACCGUCGAUGACCGACACAUAUAUGGCUGUAGAUGUUACCGCAUUUCAAAAUGCAUCGACAAUCAAAUGGGACUUUUUAUACAACGAUACAUACAUACACUCGUUGCCAAUAUUACAGAAUCUUAUGACAAAUCUCUACUAUAGUUAUAUGUCGUCAAAUAAGACGACAAAAAUGCAGUCAAUAAAUACAUACAGCUAUCCGUUAUCUUUAAUCAAUAGCGGAUCCAAUUUGUUUAACACAUCGCAUACCAUAUAUAUCCUACUAUUGGGUCUAGUCUUCCUGAAUAUCGCUCCCAUAUUGGCAGCGGAUGUGGUAGAGGACAGAGAGUUUAAAAUUAAAUCACUGUUACGGGUGUUUGGUCUCGGCAUCUCACACUACUGGACGGCAACACUGGUCGGCCAUCUAUUGAUCUACAGUCUGACGAUGUUUUGUAUACUGAUUUUGGUAACAUUUGUACUGAAAGUAAACUUCUUGGUGGACUCGGAGGCGAUAAUCUGUUUCAUAAUAAUGAUCCUAUUGUUUAUGCCGGCAUCGCUACUCGCGUGCUAUGUUUGGAUACACAUGUUUGACAAACGCGAUCUCGCGCGUGCAUUUAUGCCUCUCAUAUCCAUAAUGCCAACUUAUUUUUGUGUAUUUAUAAUGGGUGUGUGUAUAGUACACGACGUCCAUAUGGCCCGUGUGUUUCACCAAAUUUUUUGUUUUAUUUGGCCAUUCUAUGUGCCGUUUGGUUUUCUAUUAUACUUAGCAUCGACAAAACUAGCAAUAGUAUUUUUACAGCACCAUGGGUACAAUGAUCGGGCAGCCAGUAUGUCCUACUUUGAUUGGGACAAAAACAUUGAUAUAACAUUUAUUGGAUUAAUCUUUACGAUUAUUGUCUACACAAUAGCGUUAGUAAUUGUUGACAAACUAAAAACUGGCGAAAGUUUUCAAAGUGCUCUGGGAUUUGGUGGCGACAGUAGUACUCUGACUGACAGCACAAAGGAUCCGGCUGUCCGACCGUCGGAUAAAGAGGACAAUGAUGUCAAACAGGAACGGCUAGAAGUUAAUCAGUAUUUAACUAAUAAUAAUAGUAUAUCUCAAACAAAACAGACUAAGAUACCAAUUGUUUUACUAAAUGGAUUACAUAAGAAGUACUGGGAGUGCCAAUGCUGUAAGUGUCGGCAGAUCUGCAAAACGGCUGUCCAAAACAUGAGUUUACUACUCGAAUCGGGUAAUAUAUUUGGCCUAUUGGGUCCAAACGGUGCCGGUAAGUCAACCGCUUUGAAGAUUAUUAUUUGUGAAGAACAGGCGACAUCGGGUCAGGUGUUUAUCGCUGGAAAUAUAGUAAAGGCCAGCGAUCAGCACGUGUUUCAGCAAAUCGGUUACUGUCCACAGCAUGACUCUCUAUGGGCCGAUAUUACCGUCAGAGAGCACAUGUAUCUCAUUGCAGCUAUUCGUGGCAUACCUAACAACAAAAUCAAACUAGUCUGCGAUAGUUAUAUUGAAAACAUGAAGAUCAGUGAACAUUACGAUAAAAAAGUUGAACAUCUCUCGGGCGGCACUAAACGAAAACUCUGUUACCUAAUGUCACUAUUAGGUCGACCGAAACUAGUCUUAUUGGAUGAACCGUCCACAGGAAUGGAUCCCAAAGCCAAACGAUUCCUCUGGAGUACAAUACUAUCGACUUUUGAACGAAACACCGACCGAUCGGCAGUACUGACCACUCAUUCUAUGGAAGAGGCGGACGCUCUGUGCACACGACUGGCGAUUAUGAUUAAGGGUGUCGUCCGGUGUAUCGGUUCUGUACAACACUUAAAGAAUAAAUACGGCGCCGGAUAUGUAUUAGAGAUUAAAUGGGUUUCUAAUACAACUGAUCACACAUUUGGUCAAAAACUUAAGCAAACAAUUGAAUCAUUUUUUACUAAUAUUUCAUUGAAAGAAGAGUACAAUAAUCGUCUUAUUUAUGAUAUCCCACAACAAUCGGUCCAAUCGUUGUCCAAAAUAUUUUCAUUCCUCGAAAAUCUGCGACAAUCCAUGUCUUCAAUAGAAGAAUACAGUUUUAGUCAGAAGACUAUCGAACAGAUAUUCAUCGAUUUCGCUAAAGAACAGGAGAUUAAUGAUUAGAUCAAAUAGAUUUUGUCGACAAUUAUUUUUCAUUAUAUAUAUAUAAGAAGGCGGU